AUGAUGAGCCAAACAAUCAAUAAGUUAUUUUAUUUAUCUGCUAUUGCUGAUCAUGAUAGAAAUGAUAAUUUAAGAAGUAGUUGGAAUAAAAUCAAAAUAAUCAUUUAUUUUAUCUAAGUAAUUUCAUUAUUGUUUAUUGAUAAUAUCAACAUUUAUUUUGACAAUUACAUUCUGAUAUUGGCUCAAUUCAUUACAUUCUAGCAAAUUUAAAAUUUAUAUUAUUAGACUCUGGUUCUAAUAGCAAUUUUAUUAAUCCACAUAAUCAUACUAUUAAUGAUCUCAUUAUUAUUAAAAAUUGUAAAAUAUUUAUAUUUAUAGGAAGAAAAGUAAAAUCCUUUUAAAUACUUUAUAAUUCUACUUAUCCAAUUAUGAUUGGCUAUUUUUGAUACCUUCAUAAAUAUUUUGCUUUAUGAAUAAGCAAUUUUUAAUUACAGUUUUAAGCAUUUUAGUAUUGUUUUUAAGUGUUUUUCAAUAUUUCAUAAGCAUUUAUAUAUUUCGCAAUUCAGGCUUUAAAACCAGUAAUGGUAGAGCUAAAAAUAUUACAUUUGACUUAAUUUAUUUAUUCAUCUUUGAAUCUAUUAUAUUUAUAAGAAUGGCAAAUUUAGAAAUAACAUCAAUAAUUAAAUAUUUUUUAGUGAUUGCAAUUAUACUUGUUAAAAUAUUAGAAUUUAUUAAAAUAGACAAAUUUAGUGAUAAGACAGUAUAAAGUUUUUAUUAGAAAUUUAUUAUUAUCACAUUUGUAUUUAUUGUUCAAGAAAUACUAAUUUAAUUAUUAGAUUAUAAAUAAGAUCCAUAUUUAUAUACAAUUUUAUUAUUGUUUCCAGUAUUAUUUUGAUUUUAUUUUAGUUAUUAAACUUUUUUUAUGUUGUUGAGUAAUUCUAUAUAUUAGAUGCAGAGUAUUUUUAUUCAAAUGCAAUACAAAAAUUUGAUCCUUAAUGUUAAAUUAAAGCUUAUUAAUAAAUUUCAUAUCAUUAAAAAAAAUGCUAGAAUAUUAUUUGUCCUUGUAAAACUUUUAUAAGAUUGGAUAAUAAAUAAGAAAUAAUUAAAUUUACUGUUUAAAUUUUAAAAUUAGAAUAAUAAUUUUGUUACUUAAAAUAUAUAUCAUUUUAAAUUUAAAAUAAUAAUAAAGGAUUUAAAAAUUACUUAUAGAUUAUGAAAGUAGUAAAAUAAUAGAAAGAUAUUGAGUUUUCUUUUUAUGAUUAAAAAAUGAUUCAAUCUCUAUUAGAAAUAGUUUGUGAAUAGACUAAACAAUUAUAUAAAGAAAUAAUCCCAAAUAAGUUUUCUGAAGUUGUUUAUUCUCUUUAAUGGUUUGAAUCAAAUUGUCAUAAAAUAAAAGAUCAAUUAUUAAUUUUAUUAAACAUAAAAUUAAGACUAUGGUCAUUAUAUGUUACAGAUAAAAUUGAAUCUUAUUAAGAAAUGUUUGAAAUGUAAUUGAAAAUAACAUAUGAAAUAAAUAAAAUUAGAUAAGCUUUGCAUGAAUUCUAAUAAGAUAUUUAGGUUUUCUUAAAUUAAGAAAUAAAUUUAAAACACAAUUUAUUUUAUUAAAGAGUAUCAUAAAUAUUAGAACUAUCUUUCUAUUCUAUUAAUAAAUAUUAAUUAAUUGAAAAGAGAAUUUAAAAAAUAGUUGAAUUUGAAUAAGGUUAGGGAGAUCUAUUAAAUUAUUAAAUGUUUGAAAAUUAAAAAGCCAUGUAACUUUUAGUAGUCAUUUCUAAACAAUAAAGGGGAAAAAUUGAAAAAGUUUCAAAUAAAUGGUUAAACAUAGAUAAAUUUGAACACUUAUCCAAUAUUAUGCCAAUUUAAUUUAAUGAAUUACACAAUCAACUUCUAGAUAAUUAUUGUAGAUUUGGUCCUUCAAAGUCAUAGAUUUUUUAAACAUUUAUAAAAUAUGGAGAUACACCAUUAGUUUCAAAAGUAAAGAUUUGUCUCAAUAAUUAUCCAAAAUAUGAUCAUGAGAAACUCUAUUUGAUGGGUACUCUUGUGAAAGAUAAUAUAGAAGAAGAUUAGGAUUAUAUGUUAAUUAGUUAAGACUUUUAAAUAUUAGGAUAUUCUGAAUAAUUAUGGUUUAAAAUAUUCUAACAUCUAAAAUUCUAAGAUGAUAUAUAUGAAUUCAGUAUAUUUUAAAUUCUUCCAGAUAUAAAAUCAAUACUUAAAGAACAUUAUGAAAAUAUGUUAAGGUAUAAUCUUUAAUUUUAGAAUCAUGAAAAAAUAAUCAGUCAUUAAUAAAAAGGUGUUUUAUAUCUUAAUAAAAAUAUGUGUAAAUAAAUUUUUAAUUCAACAACAAAAAUACCUUUUUUAUAAUUAUCUCCUUAGGAAAGAAUAUAAAAAAUUGAAUAAUUAUCUAAACAUUAUGAUAAUUAGGAAAAAAGUGAAUUUUAAUUGAAUUUGAUGUUUAGUCUAACUGAAAAUUUGAUAACUUAUAAUGUAAAAGAAAAAUAAGUAAAUUACAUAUAUUAUUGGAUUACUUUUAAUUUUUAAGAGACAAAUACAUUAAUUGAUAAAUAAUUUAAUCAACAAUUAUCUUAUGAAGUUUAGGUAUUGGAAGAUAAUAAUAAAAUAAAAAAGAUUUAGUAAAUUAUUAAUUCAUAUUAGAUUUAAUUAAAUUAAGAUUAAUGAAAGUGUUGCAAAAACGUCAUCUUCUAUGUAGAAAAGCAAUUCUGAGAUUUUAUCAUUCCAAUAAGUUAUUGGUAUUGUUAAAUAAUUAACUGCUUACAGAUUAUUAAUGCUACUCUCUGCAGCAUAUAUUUUAUUGAUAAUUAUUGCUUUUAUUCUACUUUUUUAAUAAAUUUAGAAGAAGGAACUUUAAUAAACAUAAUGUUUUGAAUAUCUUGAUUACAGCACUUCAUUUCUUGAUGGAUAUGGAAGAGCUAUGAUUGCUUCUAGACAUGUUAUUUAUUUAAGAGAUUUUAAUAAGUUUUUGGCUUCAUAUAAUUUAUAUCCUAUAGAUUCUAAAACUAUUAUUAAUGUAACAUCUGUAGAUAAAAUAUCUUUUUCACUAUAUAUCUAUAAAUAAUCAAUUGAAGAAUUAGUAGCAUUUUAUUAAAAAGAAACUGCUAAACUAAAAAUUUAUGAUAAGUAAAAUUAAUCAGUUGAUUUAAUCAGAAUUAAUUUUUAUAAGAAUUAAACUGAAAUUUAAACUAUUCUAUCCUUGUCUUAAUAUUAUAAAAUUAUGCUUCAAACAUUAUUUAUGGCAAUAAAAAGUUUUGCUAAAGAUCCAACUCUGUAUUUGAUAGGAACCACUGAUUCAUGGGCAUAGUAAUAAUAUAUAUAUUCUUUUAAGAGUAAACACAAGAUCUAUUUUAUACUUUAAUUUUAAAAGGGUUGCAAAUAUUACUUUAAAUUUUAUGAGAUAAUGUUAAAUAGAUGAUUAAUAAAUAAACAAAAAUUUGGAUUUCAACUUCAAUGUAUUAUUAAUACUCAUUUAUUCAAUGAUUUUAUUAUAAAUUAUACUUUUUGUAAUCUUAUAUUCUGCUAUUAAAAAGAAAUAACGUUUUGUUUUAUCUUUAUUUUGUAGAACAAGUUUAAAUGAAGGAAUAGAAGAGAUAGCAUUUAUACAAAAACUAUUAAAUAUAGUAAAGAAUUCAAAACUUUGGUUUGGUCUUUAUGAAUAUGAUGAAGAAGAUGAAAAUAAAAUAACUAGAUCAUAUAGUGGUAGAGCAAUGAAAUCACAUAUCUCUCAUCAUUUAUCAUCUCGAGUACUAUUAAAGUUGAUAAUCCCUCUAAUAAUUAUAUCAUAUGGAUCAUUUUUAACUUUACAUAUGAAUUAUAUUGAUUAUUCAAUCAAUUUAUCUCCUAUUGUAACUGCUGCUCUUAAAACAUAAUACAUUCGUUUACUAUUUUUAGAUACAAUAAAUAACUGGGAUGUUUAUGUAAAUAAGAAAUUCUAUGAAGCAAUGAUUGCUAUCUAACCAACUGCAUCUGGUCGAUAUGUGAUUACAAGUUAAAAUAUUAAACAUGGAUAUUAACUCUUAAGACUUACAAAUGUAGAUGUAGAUACUCUAAAAGCUAAUCUCUAAGAAUUAUAGAGUGAACCAUUUUCUCACAUGAUUUAUUCUUAAACUUUAUCUGUUAAUUCAGAUAGUUUAUUAGGUUAAGAUAUAUGUUUAAUGGAAAUAUUUAAUUGUAAUAUGAAUGAAACAGUAUAUAAAGAAAGAGUUCAUUAUUAAUAAAUGUAUUCAAUAUAUGAAGUUGGCAUAAUAAAUUUAUUUAAGUAAUCUAUAUCUGUGAUGAAUUAAAAUGAUUUUUUUAGUUUGACUGAGAAUUAUGAGAUUAUAAAUGCAUUUGAAAGAUUAGAGAAAUCUUAGGAUUACUUUUUUUAUUUUCUAUGGGGAUUUGAUGCAUUCUUAUUUUAGAUGAAAUUAUUUUCAGAAUUCUUUAUUGAUCUCUCUAAAACACAAUUAUAAGAUUUAUCAUUUAACAUUUAUAUUAUAUUUUAUCUAUUUUCCAUAACAACUACUAUAUCAUUAAUGAUGAUUCUAUUGUUUGGAAAUAUUGCUAUUCAAUAAGAAUUUAUACAUACUUUGGAAAUGUUAUAUCAAAUUCCAAAAUAAACAAUUAUUAAUAAAUAGUUAGGUCGACAAAUUAAACUUUUAUGA